AUAAAUAAAUAAAGGCCCACUGUUUUUUUGUUUCCCCUGAAACAAUGGCCACUCUUUUUGUGGGUUCAUCAGCGACGGCGUGGUGUUCGUCGGGGAUUUGCGUCGGGUGCUGCGGGUCCGGGAUCCGGCCGCCGCGGCCUCGGCGGAUAAUUCUGGUCCGGCACGGGCAGAGCGAGGGGAACGUGGACGAGAGCGCGUACACCCGAAUCGCGGACCCGAGGAUUUCGCUGACGGAGGCCGGAAUUGGGGAGGCGGAGGAGUGCGGGAGGAACGUGCGGCGGAUGAUCGAGGGCGAUGGGGCCCACGACUGGAGCGUUUACUUCUACGUGUCGCCGUACAAGAGGACGCGGCAGACGCUGCAGCACCUGGCCCGCUCCUUCGACCGCCGCCGUAUCGCCGGCAUGAGAGAAGAACCCAGAUUGCGCGAGCAAGAUUUUGGGAACUUUCAAGACAGAGAGAAAAUGAGAGUUGAGAAAGCCAUGAGAAUGCUGUAUGGUCGCUUCUUCUAUCGCUUUCCAAAUGGGGAAUCUGCUGCAGAUGUUUACGACAGAAUCACAGGUACAAUACAAAUUUCCAGAUUUCCAACAGUUUCUGCUCUCUACUCUGAAACAAAGCCAAAAACAAAAACAAAAACAGGGUUCAGAGAGACACUGAAAUCAGACAUUGAUGUGGGAAGGUUUCAGCCGCCAGGCCGCAGAAACCCCAACAUGAACUUGGUCCUCGUCUCCCAUGGCCUCACUCUCAGAGUCUUUCUCAUGAGGUGGUACAAAUGGACUGUGGAUCAGUAUGAGAGACUCAACAAUCUUGGCAAUGGCAGAAUGAUUGUUAUGGAGAAAGGCUUUGGUGGAAGGUAAAUUGUUUCGCCUUUCGUCUAACGCUAAAGUCAGGUGGGAGGUGACAUCGUCUAGUGUGCAACUUUCUAUGGCAGAAACAAGCCCUCACUGACCUAAUAUGCAUACUUAGGUAGGAUUACGAAAAAUUGUUGUUGUCUAAUGAGAACUUCUCUCAUAUUGCUAGCGGUAUCUUAUCUUCAUGUCAGAUGGUUUCUAUUGUUUAAAACAUUUUACGUCUUGACAUUAUUCAAUUAUACUCUUUUUUGUUGGUCGAUGUUAAAGAUCUAGUUUAUGAUAAACUUACGAGACAUGAUAUUUAGUGAGUUGGCUUAAAUUCAAGGGAGUUGACUCUCUCUCUCUUAGAUAACCUACUUUUCAAUCUCUUCUGCAUUUUUGUCGGCUCAUUAAGUAUCAUGUCGAGUAAGUUCAUUAUCAACCAAUUCUAACAUUCUUCAACAAAAAAAUAGAGACUAAAACAUAUAUUUAACAUUUUCACAAUGCACUUUUAUGUUACUUCUAAACCCGAUGAUUUUGAAGAGCAAGUGGCGGUCAAAAGCACUCCCAGGCAUAUCUUAAGCCAUGAUAUCGUCUUUUCCACCGACAACCGCGACGAGCACAAUUUUGAAACCUUUUCU